AUGGCGGCGGCGGCGGCGGCGGAUGGGAGCGACUCCCGGGACCGACUGGCGCUGUGGGAGCGCGGACCGGAGCCCGCGGCCCCGCUCACUGACACCCAGCGGCGCAGCGUGGCCGAGCUCAAGGCCGCCGCCGAGAACAUCCCCACGCCGGCAGAGUUGCCAAUUGAGGAUCUUUGCAGCCUGACCUCUAGAUCCAUGACUGUUCCUCUUACAGCUACUGUUCCUGAAUCCACUGAGGAUAUUCUUCUUAAAGGCUUCAGUGCCUUGGAAAUGGAAAAUGAGAAAAUAGAAACUGCCCAGCAGUUCUAUUCCUGGUUCUCAAAGAUACACACACAAAUGGACCAGGAUGAGGGAACAAAAUACAGAGAAAUGAGGAAUUAUCUGAAUGGCUUCCAGGAGCAGUGUGAUGCUAUAUUGAAUGAUGUAAAUACAGCCUUGACGCACUUGGAGUCUCUGCAGAAACAAUACUUGUUUGUGUCCACAAAGACCGGGGCUUUACAUGCCUGUGAGCAGCUUUUGCGGGAACAGUCUGAGCUGGUUGACCUUGCCGAAAAUAUUAAUCAGAAGCUUUCAUAUUUCAAUGAAUUGGAACAUAUAAACACAAAAUUGCAUUCACGUACAUUAUCAGUGAACAGUGAAGGAUUCAUCCCGAUGCUGGCCAAACUGGAUGGUUGCAUUACGUAUGUGUCAUCACAUCCUGGUUUUAGAGACUAUCCUGUUUAUUUAGCGAAGUUUAAGCAGUGCCUAACCAAAGCUAUGCACCUUAUGAAGACCUACACCGUGAAUACACUUCAGAACCUUACGACUCAGUUAACAAAAAGGGAUCCCUCCAUUAUAUCUAAUACCGAUAACGCCUUUACUCUGUUCUAUGUAAAGUUCAGAGCAGCAGCUCCCAAAGUGCGAUCACUAAUUGAACAGGUGGAACAAAGAACUGAAAAAAGUUCAGAGUAUCAACAGUUGUUGAAUGAGAUUCAUCAGUGUUACCUGGAGCAGAGGGGGCUUCUAUUGGGUCCAAGUAUUGCCUCUACUAUUGCCGACUUGACGAGUCAAAACAACAGGGAUCACUGUGCAUUGGUUCGCAGUGGCUGUGCAUUUAUGGUUCACGUUUGCCAAGAUGAACAUCGGCUGUACAAUGAGUUUUUUACAAAACCAACUCCAAAGCUAGAUGAGCUCCUGGAGAAACUGUGUAUCUCGUGGUAUGAUGUAUUUCGUCCACUCAUCAUCCAUGUCAACCACUUGGAGACGCUAUCAGAGCUCUGUGGGAUUCUGAAAAAUGAAAUGCUGGAGGACCAUGUGCACAACAAUGUGGAACAACUGGGUGCCUUUGCUGCGGUGGCAAAGCAGAUGCUGGAAGAUGUGCAGGAGCGUCUUGUCUACAGGACACACAUCUACAUCCAAACUGAUAUUGUGGGCUAUAAACCUGCAUCUGGUGACCUGGCUUAUCCUGAUAAACUGGAAAUGAUGGAGCAAAUUGCACAGAGUAUAAAAGAAGAACAAAAGAGGUUGCCUGCAGCAGAUGCCUCUUUUGCAGAGGUCCAGCUCGAAGAUCCUGAUUCUCAAAAUGUUAUCAAAUCAGGUACCCCUCCUCGAUCCCAGUCAACCAUUUCCCCAGCCGAUUUGCAUGGCAUGUGGUAUCCAACAGUGCGAAGAACGCUAGUUUGUCUCUCAAAACUUUACAGGUGUAUAGAUAGGGCAGUGUUUCAGGGCCUGUCGCAGGAAGCUUUAUCAGCGUGUAUACAGUCAUUGCUCGCAGCUGCUGAUUCUAUUACAAAGAACAAGACCCAGACAGAUGGACAGCUCUUCCUUAUCAAACACCUUUUGAUACUUCGGGAGCAGAUUGCUCCUUUUCACACUGACUUUGCCAUUAAGGAGAUUUCCCUGGACCUUAAAAAAACUAGAGAAGCAGCAUUUAAAAUGCUGAACCCCAAAUCUGUUCCUCGGCUAUUCAGGCUGAGCAGCAAUAAUUCCAUCCUAGAAUUUUUGUUGGAGGGAUCCCCAGAGAUAAAAGAACAUUAUAUAGACUCAAAGAAGGAAGUGGAUCGUAAUUUGAAGUCAGCUUGUGAAAAAUUUAUUCAGCAUCAGACCCAACUCUUUGUGGGACACCUUGAAGAAUUUAUGACCAAAGUGACUGCUUUAAAAAACAUGAGCCAUCAAGGGGGUCCAAAAUACCUUUUAGCUCAGCAACCAUGGGCACAGCCAGCAAAAAUCAAUGAUGUUGUGGCAUCCACUUACAAAACCAUAAAGAACAAGCUGCCACCCAUCUUGAGGAGUCUGUCUUUAUACUUGUCCAACAAGGAUACAGAGUUCAUCUUGUUUAAACCUGUGAGGAGCAACAUUCAGCAAACAUUCCAGAAACUCCACAGUGUAUUACAGGAGGACUUCAGUGGUGAAGAUCUCCAGAUCAUAGCCUGUCCUUCAAUGGACCAGGUUAACUUGCUGUUGUCCAUUUCCAAAUAGCAGCAUUGCCAUCCUUUGGGUCCAACAGGAAGAUGUCUGGAUCUUAAUCGUAUCAGCUGUACAAAGAAAAAACUUAGCACGAAUUUUCAGGAAGAAAAGGAAAAUCUUGACUGGAGGGAAUCUGAGAUGCGCUAUCUCUGCAUAACCUCUGUUUAAAUGCUGUCUGAAGUUAACAGAUUAGUGAUUACUUCAGGUUGGUCAUCACGAGGUGCAAUCUAUCUUUUUUGCAUGAGCCACUUGUUCACAAUUUCAAAAGCAAUUUUGCAACCAAAUCUGUCUUCAGCUGCUGAUUUUAGUCCACGGAACAGCUUACCUAACAAUGUGAUGGCAGCUAGCUAAAAUAGCUUCUCGUUUCACCAGGUGCUGCAUGUAUUCUGUGUAGGUUUCAUAGUGUGGGAAGGUUUAAUAAACUAAUAAGCGAAAUGCCACACUACCAAGUCAUUUAUUUUUUAAGAGCACUAAAAGAUGUUCAUACUGGGGUGUGAUGCUUGUAAUUGGUUGUGUGCUGGAUACUCGGUCAAUUGUUAUGUUCCUUUGACAAGACUGCACAGGUAUGUCCAGACCAGCUGGAUGUACAAUGUCCCAGGGUGUAUUCUUUUGACUACCCUGAUUCAGUUCAUACACUGGACAAUAUUGCAUUGCCAACCCAGCACUGACUUGCCUUUUUCUUCCAACUAGAACACAUGUUUUGAAGGAAUUGUACUAUCUUAAUAGAAUUCCCUUGUUUUGUAGCCUGGAUUAAAUAAAUCAACAGAACCACAACUUCAGUCAACAGCUUUGCACUAUUUCAGAAAACUAAGUUGAAAUGCAAGUAGUGAAGUUCCUAGAUUGUGACUCUGUAUCAGCUAUAAAUGUGCAUUUAAUAACAUAAAUUUUGCAGCUGCAGUAGAGGUGGUGAAACAGCUGUAGAAGCACCCCUUCCAGGCAGAAAUAAUCCUUGUUGCAAAUGUAUAAUUAGAGCAUUGACAAACUCACUAUCGAUUUCAUUUCUGAAGUCUAAGGAAAAUGUCACAAAUUUGUACUUUGAAGCUAUGCUAAUGGGAUUUGGCUUUGUAAGAUGCUGAUCAGUAAUUGUAAUUUGAAACUGCAGAUGGUAUUCAGGGUGAGAGUAAUUUGGAAAACAAUUAAUAAUGGUGUUCUAUUUACUCAUUUUAAUCUCGGAAUCUCUUAUAUCACCACUGUUGAGUUUAAUUGUUCAAGGACUUUCAUUCACUGUCUGUGUUUGUUUGUCUGAGGAAGCUUUCAAUUAUUUCAGGUUUGAUGAACUAAAAAUCAAAUUACAAUUUAUAAUUGACGGCAGCAACACAAGUCAUUUGCAUAUCUGGUUUCAUUCUUUGUUCAGCUGCCGAACAACAUUGGUAUAAGAUUAAUUGUAGGAAGGUCUGUUCCUCAGUGCAUUGUAACUGGCAUAAACCUGUGUGGCAGGUUUUAAAAAGACAAUUACUUGAAGGUAGGCCAAUGAACGUAAUUGUGAAUUAAAGAAAUAAGAUUACUAAUGAACGAGCAGGAUUUGAGCGGUGAAAUUGAACUGCUAAGAAGCUGAAUUUCACCCUUGCAGUUGUGUCCAUGUUAAAUUAAUUUGCUAUGUAACUCCCCUACGGCUCAGCGAGUAAGUGUGCUAUGGGGUCAUUUAGACAACGGGGUUGAUCUUUUGGUCUGUAUUGAAGUAGCUGAUUUGGGAGGGACGUCAGAAUGGCCCUCAGAAUGGUGAUGAGAAUGGAAAAUGAACCAGUGUUUAAGCCUGAUUGCUGACUCAUGCUGGAAAUCGUGAAUUCCAGAAAAAGACACCUGGACAAAUUGGUGGAAGCCCUCUUUAGCCCAUGGUGCCUUGUGCCAGCAUUCAAAUUGGCUUUCUUUAUAGGAGCUUAGAAAAUUGGACGGAAACUACUUUGGAUACAGGAGGGAUAUGUUCCAGAAACCAAGAAUUUAGAUUUUGAGUGGGAUGUCUAAAGAUGCGGUGCAUAUAGCCAUUAAAAUGGGAAUAAUCUUUAUAAAUCUACAAACAUUCAAUUGUGAAUGAAGAUGUUUAGAAAAUGUACAAGUUCUGUUGACGCCUGUUCUAACAAAAGGACGUGUGUUGAGCAAUUUGAUUGAAAUACUUACUGUAACAUAAUGUACAUGAUGUGAAAUAGCUAAGUGGUUUUAUGUACAAAAUAGGGAGAAUGUUUGAUGUACACAUAGUUUCUGUGUACAGUAAUAAAGUUGCAUUGUGUAAAUACAUGAACAGUGCGUUCACUGUAAAGGGUACACUGAAGAUGUUUUUCUAUGAUGAUUAGUUUUAAUUUUUUGGCUUUCCUGUUUCAUUACUCUUCAUCAUGGAGAAUGGUUUAAAAUGACUUCAAACAGAUUACUGAUUCUAUCAUACCUUUGUUUUCUGAAGCAAUAUGUUGAAGGUUUACUUAUGUAAACUGUGUGUACAUAAUAAGAUUGAUAAUAUAAACAUGCUUGUCUCUAGUUUCUCAAUGCAAUCUGAUAGUUUUAAUAAAAUGUUUCAAGAAAA